UCGAGAUCGACCAGACGGGACCACGUGUGUUGUCAGUCGCAUUGUUUUGUUGACUUUGAAGAAAAUUUUUUUGCUCGUUCCAUUUUUUUCUGCACAUUGUUGUGUCAACAGUCAACAUGCCGAAAGUUUUAAGGGAAAAAAGUAUUCACCAGCAACGGGCAGUAAAGGAGCAGCAAGUUUUCCGUCAAGGUGUACAUUUCAACAAGGAUUUUGGUCAACAUAUCUUGAAAAAUCCUCUUAUUAUCCAGGGUAUCAUAGAAAAAGCUGCUGUCAGACCAACGGAUGUUAUUUUGGAGGUUGGCCCUGGUACUGGAAAUAUGACUGUAAAAAUGUUGGAAAAAGCUAAAAGAGUUAUCGCCUGUGAAAUUGAUCCAAGAAUGGUGGCUGAAUUACAAAAGCGUGUGAUGGGUACCCCUAUGCAACAAAAAUUAGAAAUUUUAAUUGGCGAUGUUAUCAAAUCAGAAUUCCCCUUCUUUGAUUUGUGUAUUGCCAAUGUACCAUACCAAAUUUCUUCUCCUUUAGUGUUCAAACUCUUAUUGCACAGGCCAAUAUUUAGGUGUGCAGUUCUUAUGUUUCAAAAAGAAUUUGCUGACAGGUUGGUCGCCAAGCCAGGAGAUAAAGAUUACAGUAGACUUAGUGUGAACACACAAUUGUUAGCUAGAGUCGAUAUGUUAAUGAAAGUUGGAAAAAAUAAUUUUAGACCUCCACCAAAGGUUGAUUCUUGUGUUGUGAGAAUAGAACCAAGAAAUCCGCAACCAAACAUUAAUUAUCAAGAAUGGGAUGGAAUGACAAGAAUACUUUUUGUUAGAAAAAACAAAAGCUUGUCUGCUGCUUUUAAACAAACAGCAGUAUUGAUGACAAUAAAAAAAAAUUAUUUAGCUCAUUGUAGUAUUAAUAAAAUUCCUUUACCAGAUAAUUUUAACAUAAAAGAAAAGGUAGAUGAUAUCUUAGAGAAAUAUGAUAUAGCUGAAAUGCGUGCCCGAACGAUGGAUGUUGAUGACUUUAUUAAAGUUUUAGCGGCAUUUAAUAGUGAAGGAAUUCAUUUUAUCUAAUAACAUUGAAUGUUUAUUAUAAUAUAUUAUUUAUAUAGUAUAG